CGGACAUUACUGACUCGAUAUAAUUACCAAGUUUUGUCAUCAAAGAAUGACACCAUCAAUAUGAAAUUGGCUGUAGUAAGAAACGAAUAAGUGUUUACUAAGCAAGAUUUCAAUCAGGCGAAAACUGAGAAAAGAAGAAUAGAAGAACAUAAGGUUCAAAUUAAUUUCUGUGUAAAAACACCCGGUAUGACUGACGAAAUGUACCACAUUUUGUCAUCGAAGAUUGACUCCAUGAAUUUGGAAAUGGCUCUUAUAAGGAAAGAACAAUUGCAAACUAAACAAGAACUUCGUGAGGCGAAAGAUGAAAUUGCAAAACUACAAGGACUUCAGGGCUUGGACGAGCCAGACACCACAGCUGAUGAUCUGACUGACGCAAAGGGGAACGCAAGCACAAGUAGUGUCAUAAACUCCGCUCAGAAGGCAUUCCAGAACGAGAAAGCGCAAACCAAACAAGUCCUAGACCAAAUAAAAACUGAUAUAGCGAUAAUAAGAUCGGAUUUCAACACCCUGAUGGCAACAGUUGCAACACUUAAUGGUACACAAAUAAAUCUCACUCGUGAGAUAUUUGAAGUCGGGAGGGACGCUAAAAACGAUAUAAAGAAAGUAAAUGACACAUUGGCAAGGGCUGAAUCGAAUCAUACGAGCUGCACUUCUCUAAGUGACACCCAGCGACGGACAAACGAUACCAUGUCACUAUUAGAAAAGGACGUGCAAUCUCUGAAGCUUUCUGUCUCAGGAAUCAACACUUCACUUGAAGAAAAAUGUCAGUCUGGGGAGUUUGGACCACGAAUGUUUAACCCGCGUCCCUCUUACCCUUGGAUCAUGACCACCCACUUCCAGCCUGCCUUCAGCAAGACGCCAGCAAUCGUUUAUGGACUGAAGGUUUUGGACGUUUCCAACCAUGCAAAUGUGCGUGUUAAAGGGGAGAUAACGGAGUUGACCAACACAUAUUUCAAGUUUAAGAUCUCUGAAUGGGAAGAUACUUUUUUGUACGGCACCGUGUUUUCUUGGAUGGCAUGUCCGAAAUAACCCAUUAAAUUUGCGGCUGUUGCUCUAAAGUCUAAUAUAAAAAGAAAUGUUCUGAUACAUUUGGGCAAACAUAUCAAAGGUAUUAUUUUCGUUGAUAGUUCAGGCUACCUGCUGUGCAUUUCUCACACGUUAGUAUGAAAACAUAUACUGAUCCGAGUGUGAUGCUUUGAAUUGAGACAUGCUGACUUAUCUAAUUGUGAAUGUUUGACAAUGUUUGUGAGCUAAUAUCAAUACUUAUUGUGCACUUCCAUCAGCAUGUAGCUGAAUAUGCAGUUUAAGUCCAGUUUAAAAAAAAUGUUUUGGACAUGUAUUUGAAUAAUAUAUUGAUUGGAUUCGUUUAUUACUCUACCCGUUUCCCUAUUAGCUUACAUGUUAAUUAGUCCGAUUGACAUCAAACACUUGAAGUACUGGGUGCCUUUCAAGCUACAGACGCCGCAUAGAAAGUUGGCAGCUGUAUUGAAAAAAUUCUUUCAAAACCACAAAAUAAAAUGAGAAUAUGAAAAGAGCCGUCUGGGUUUGAAUGUGCAAGAUGCACAAAAUGUCGUUUUUUAUUUCCAAGGAACUAUUAUCGUUAACAUAAACUCGAAGUACAAUGACAUAAAUAACGAAAUCUUUUAAAUCUCAGAUCUGUAUUGCUUGAUUUCACUCAUAAUGUAUAUGGCAAGCCAAAUGGCCCUAUAACCAUAAGCGAUUUCAACAUUUUAAUGAAACAACAACAUAUGAAUAGUUAAGCAACCGACAAUACUAGAAAUGUUAAAGGCAUUUUUAUUUGACUGUGUUGUUUUUGCGACUUUUAAUGAAGGUUUAAGCAUACA